AUGUGGCAACCUUGUUCGCAGCACGUGCUGAAACCUGACACCGCGCGGGGCAUUAAAGGGCUCCGUAUCGGUGCGUUUUAUGUGGCCCCUCUGAUGUGGAGGCUCUUUGUUCUUGGAGCGCUGGCGAAUGUCAGAGGCGGUGUCUGCCUUCGCCAGCGCCAACGCAGCGCCUUGCGCGAGCUGAAACGCGAUGCAGUUCGAAACCUAAAGGCCUUUACCAAGCGUCCAGCGGUUGAGGAAAUCAUCGAGAGAGACGUGGAACGGAACGCGCGAGAUGAUUUGGGCACAACGUCGGAAGAGCUCCGUAUGACCCAUUUCCAUUGGAAGUUUAUCUUUUGCGCCCGCAUAAUGUCGUGGAGCGAGCAAACCAGCGAUAAAGGCAAGGAAGUGACCUGGAUAACGCAAGACGACCGCGCGAUGAUAUCGCCUCGAGUUGAGAUGGGAGAGCUG